AUGGAGAUACCUAAAAUUUAUAGGGAUUUUGAAGAUGUGGACCUGCAAAUAAGUGCAUUAGAUUUCAAGCAGAUUGUUAUAGAGGCUGUAACUUCCCUUUUUGGACUGGCAGGGGCAGCCACAUUGAUUGACAUAUUGAGAUAUGAUGAGCAUGAACGUACAGCAAUCAUUAGAAUUUAUCACAAGUGUUUGACAAAGAUAUGGUCAUCCCUAAGUUUCUAUGGUAAAUAUAGGGGACGUGCUUGUGCAUUUCGGGUGCUGCAGGUUUCAGCACAUCUGAUGGCCAUGGCAUGUAACAGUAGAUCUAUGAGUUUAGAGUUGGAAUAG